AUCUCUGUUUGUGAUUCGGCUUUUUCGCUCUUUACCAAAAUUGUUGCUUCGAUUUGGUUCCUCGGAGCAUGAUCUAUCGUUUGAUCUCAAUUUUGCGCGGCAGUGUGUGUUGAAUUUAACUCGACACGCAAUUUGUACGGAUGCCUAAAUUAGGUCGUUAAUUUGUUAAUUCAUGCUUUUGUCUCGUUGAAUGAUGCGUAGUGAUUAUUCUCACUAUGAUCGGAGUGAUGUUCUCUAAUCGGAUCAUGUUAGGGUUUUCAAUUUUGUGCUGUUGUAGUAGCGAGAAAGCUAAAUUGAGCUUUUUUGCGGCCAAAAGCAUAAGCUUCAGUUUGAAGAUUCUGCUAAUGAGUGGAAAAUUAUGCUGAUUAUUAUGCUCUUUUGCUUCUUUUGUUGAGUGGAUGAUAAUCUAGUUAUGGUCAGAUGAGUGUUCUUUAAUUGUCUCUGUGAAGGAUCUGAUCAUCAUUUUGAGUUAGGGUGUCAAAUUUGAUCUGUUAUUGUGGCCGGAAUCUAAAAUGAGUGCCUCGCCCAAAAACAUAAGCUACAGGUUGAAGCUUCUGCUUCUGUUGAUGGGUAGAAAAUACUCUAAUCAUGGUUCAAUUAGUGUUCUUGAAGCAUCGCCUUGGAGGAUCCAAUCUUGUAAAGAUCAAGACCGGGGUGUGUUAAAUGUGUAACUGGGGUGUUUAUGUGCUAUUCUCUUUUCAGAUCCAAGGUUGACAUAAAAGAACAAGAGCACAAGAGCAUAUGGCUGGGCUUGAGGAGCUAAAGAAGAAGUUAGAGCCCUUAUUUGAUGCUGAAAAGGGUCUCUCAAUCGGAAUGUCACUUGAUCCUGGUGAUUCAUAUAUGGUAUCAGAUAGUGGAACUGUCAAUUUAUUAAGCAGAUCAUGUGGGGUGUACAACAUUAAUGAGCUUGGCCUCCAAAAACGAUCAGCUGGUAUAACAGAAGUAACAGACACUGAUGAGAAGACAUAUCGUUGUGCUUCUCAUGAAAUGCAUGUGUUUGGUGCCAUUGGUUGUGGAGCGAGCAGUGUCGUUCAACGAGCUAUUUCUCUACCUGUUCAUCGUGUCUUGGCCUUAAAGAGAAUAAAUGUAUAUGAGAAGGAGAAAAGGCAACAGAUUCUCAACGAGAUAAGGACACUAUGUGAGGCAGCUUGCUAUUCUGGUUUAGUUGAAUUUCAUGGGGCGUUCUAUGCACCUGACUCGGGACACAUAAGCAUCGCUCUCGAGUACAUGGAUGGAGGUUCUUUAGCAGAUGUUCUCCGAGUUAAAAAGUUCAUACCUGAGCCUACUCUUUCGUUUUUAGUCAAGAGGCUGUUGGAAGGCAUCAAUUACUUGCAUACGGUGAGACAUCUAGUACAUAGAGACAUAAAGCCGGCAAAUUUGCUUCUAAAUCUCAAGGGUGAGCCUAAGAUUACUGACUUCGGCGUAAGCGCAGGAUUAGAGAAUUCAAUUGCUAUGUGUGCUACCUUUGUUGGGACUGUCACGUACAUGUCGCCUGAGAGGAUUCGAAAUGAGGCCUACUUUUACCCUGCUGAUAUUUGGAGCCUUGGAUUAGCCAUUUUUGAAUGUGGUACUGGAGAGUUUCCAUACAAGGCAAAUGAAGGACCUGCAAAUCUCAUGCUCCAGAUAUUGUAUGAUCCAUCACCAACACCUCCAAGAGACUUUUCAUCGGAGUUCUGCUCAUUCAUUGAUGCUUGCUUGCAGAAAGAUCCUGAUGCAAGGCCAACAGCUGAGCAGCUUUUAUCUCAUCCAUUCAUCAAGAAGUAUGAGAACUCCGACGUGGAUUUGUCUGCAUAUGUUAAAAGUGUUGUUGAUCCAACACAGAGACUAAAAGAUAUAGCAGAUAUGCUGGCUGUACACUACUAUUUGCUUUUUGAUGGUUCUGAUGGGCUUUGGCAUCACAUGAGGACAUUUUACACAGAACAUUCAACCUUCAGCUUCUCGGGAAAAUCGUACACUGGUGACAACGACAUAUUUUCAAUUCUAUCCGACGUAAGGCGGAAAUUAGCAGGCAACCAUCCAUGUGAGAAACUCAUACACGUAGUUGAGAAGCUUCACUGUCGCGCGCAUGGCCAGGACGGCAUCAUGAUUCGUGCGUCCGGAUCGUUCAUCCUGGGGUCCCACUUUCUCAUAUGCGGCGAUGGUGUUCAAGCCGAAGGAAUGCCCAAUAUGCAAGACAUUCCCUUUGAUAUAGCAAGUCGACGAGUCGGCACUUUCCAUGAGCAGUUCUGCAUUGUGCCGGGGACUACUAUCGGAUGUUACGUCAUAGAUAAGCAGGAAUUGUACAUUCAACAAGCAUGAGCGCUCGUCUGGCAUAAAGACCCUCUCAAACUACUUCCAAAUUUGGUGAGGAGUCUACUAUCUAUUGCCUGAUCACAGCUCUCUACCAAAAGCCAGAGAGGGUUGAACUGGUACAUCUCUUCUCUCGUUCACGCCCUUUGACACAAAUCGCCGAGCCCCGUCGUAUUUUAGCUGUGAGUUUGUUUUAUGCUUCUCUUCUUCAACCUACAUAUAAGAAAGGGAUUAUUUCUUCAAUAACCCUUCUAAGUCUACAAGAAAAACAGCAUCAGCUGAUCCUGAUGAGUUAGUUGUUGUGUGUAUACAUGUAGGAGCUAAUGGUCUCAUAUAUCUGACUGGUAGAAAUGUUAUGCAUAUAUGCCAUUAUAUGAUGUUUAAUCAUGAACAAUAUGUAAUAGAUAUAUAUAUACUCCUUUGGUGUUCC